AUGCUCAUAGCCGACAGAAUCGCAGAGACGACCGGCAUCGCCGUGUAUGUUCCGGAUAUAUUCUUCGGUGAAGCUAUAGACGUGGAUACAUUGCCAAUCCCAGACAGCGCCGCGGCAGCGAGAGCACAAGGAAUCGUGGCAAAAAUUGUUACCGUUGCGAAGCUCGCCACUCACUCACCCUGGUUCAUCCGUCACCGACCUGCCCAGCAUCUCGCUCAAGCCCACGAACUGAUUAAAGUUCUGAAGGAAGGAAAAGGCGUGAAGAAACUCGGCGCUGUAGGGUACUGCUACGGCGCUUUCUUCACGACCCACUUCAACGCAACGGGCGACGUGGACGCGUCCGUGCUGUGCCACCCCUCCCUCCUGAAGCUUGAGGGCUUUGAGAAGUUGCGUGCGCCGACGUCUGUCGCGCUUGCUGAGGAAGAUCACGCCGUCGACCGCAAGUUUCAGGCGCAGUUCGAAGAGGUGCUGAAGUGCAAGGACUUUGAGACGGAGGUCGUGCUGUACCCGGGAACCGCACAUGGUUUCGCUUGCCGGCCCAAUUUAGCCAUCGAAGAAGUCAACAAGGCAUUUCAGGGGUCGCUGGCUCAGAUGUGCUCUUUCUUCAAGCGACAUCUGAUUUGA